GCGCGUGGCUUCCCAAAAGAAGACUAAAGGCUUCUGUUUUUUUUCAAGUAAUAUCAAAUUCAUCAACACUGUUCACCCCACAAGUGAAAACUCUGUGUAGGAGGUAGACAAAGCUGCUCUUGCUAUGUCAGUAUGCCACCUUUUGUACGAGAGAAAAAGGCCCGAACCUCAUUAGCAUGACUUUUGAAUGAGCUUGUCAUUAGCACUGAGGAGGGGCGUCUGGGCUUUUUUUUUAUAUUUAUAUUUUAGAACUCAUAGGACACAUUAGUUAAUUGACUUCCGUCCUUCACUCAUCAAAAUGGUAUGUCUGCAUAAAACUUUCGCAUGCGGCCACAAAGAACUACCUGUUGUUCAUUAAAGGUCCAGAGAAGUCUCCUUGGAGAUGACCUGCCGCAGGAGACUAAUUAAUGGCAGAGAGCAUCACAUCAACCCUUUAAGAGCAGGAGCAAAGAGCAGAAUUAGUGGUUUUGUGUCAUGUUUGUGGUUGGCCUGAAUGACGUCCAUCGGUGUGGACACCACAGAACAAUAUAAAAGACAUUUCUUCUUCCCCUGGGAAGAUAAGAAGAUCAGAUGACUCCCCUUCACACAAGCCGGAAGAUGCCGUGGUUCCCCAUCAACUUCCAGAAAGCUACUGGGAUGGACACGUCUAACAAGAAAGUCUUGGUGCUGGUUUUGAUGUUGCUGCUGUCUCACCUGGCAUGUGAUGCUCACAGCAUGGCUGAGUGCUGCAGACAACCAGCUCGCUCCUGUCACCUCUAUGCAUUGCUGUGUCGCUCCGGCAGCAAGAACUUAGGGGGAACACUCACAGGAGACGCCGCCGCUGGCAUCCUUACUCUGGGUAAACGGAAAGAAGAUGAGCAUCUCUUGCAGAGCCGACUCCACCAGCUCCUCCAAGGCUCCAGGAACCAAGCAGCAGGGAUCCUGACAAUGGGGAAGAGGACUGAAGAGAGGGCUGGAGACCAGUAUAUGGACUGGAUGGCUCAGUCAGGAUCUAUCAUCACGACGCCACUGCCUGUUUUAAGCUAAAUACCUCAAGGCAUUAGUACACUGGGACUCUGGUAAAAUGUAGUUGGAUUUAUUAGUAAUAAUUAUUAUUAUUUUUUUAUGCUCACGUAAAAACUAUUUUGUGAUUUUCUUUGAACUUUGCCUUUUUGAAUGUGAUUUGCUGUGCAGUGCACUGGCCUAUCAGAUAAUAUUAGGAAGAUGUGUAAUAUUAUACAUAUAUGGAAAAGGCCUUGUGGUGUA